ACCACCACACCCCCAAACAUGACCGACAUCGAACCCCUGCGCGGUUCCUGCCAAUGCGGGCGAAAUCAGUACCAAAUCCGCCUCCCAGACGACGUGACUGAUCACGCCCACGUCUACUUCGAUGCCAGCCGAGACAACCGAAGAUUCCAUGCCUCUCCCCUAACCGCCUGGCUGCGCGUUCCCUUGACCUGGUACCAAUCCCAUACCCAAUCGUACUUUCCCGACGAAACGCAUAAUACCAUCCGUCGCAUCUUCUCCCCCCACCAUGCCCCUCAUACCCAGCGCGUCUUCUGCGGGUAUUGCGGCACCCCGCUCACGUACUGGAGGGAUGAGCCCCGCGAGGAGGCGGAGUACAUGUCUGUCUCUAUUGGAAGUUUACAUGGCGAUGAUCAGCGCAUGCUAGAGGACUUGGAUCUUUUGCCUCCGGAGUCGCCCUCGGUUUCGUCUGAUGAGGAAGCAGAGGAGGAAGGCGAGGGCAGUGAUGACGAGGAAGACGAAGAUAAUGAGGAGGGAGAAGAAGAGGACGAUGAGGAGAAGGGCUUUGGGAGACCGAAAAGGGCAAGACAGGUCGUUGUUACUCCGGCGGCGGCUUCACAGGACGUGCCUCCGUCCAAUGUGGUUAUUCCGCGUGGGACGGAAUUAUCGCGGAGCUACAGGCACGGCACGCUGGGUGGCAUCCCGUGGUUCGAGGAGCUGAUCGAUGGAAGUCGGCUGGGGAGACUGAUGAAGACGAGACGCGGUGUCGGGGUUAGUGAUGAUCAGUCUACUUCUUUUGAGUGGGAGGUUACUGAGUGGACGAGUGGUGAGUCGGGUGCGCGGCGGCAGGUGGGAUCCACUACGCAGGCGGCCGGGAAGAGGAAACGUGGGCAGCAUACGGAUGUAGAGGAUGCCUAGUUUUAUCUUGAAUAGGUGUCGUUGGGUCACCGCCGUCCUAUCCAUGGUGAUAUGAUAUUCUGUGGGAGUGGAGAUGAAGUACAUUGUGGGAUAUCAGUGAUACUUUGAACUUAUCAAUCUUGAAUGGUUGAUGUAAAUGUAUUUUUGUUCUUACAACUGCAACUGUGCUGCUCUCUAUCUCAGAAUCAGGCUUAAUGUAGUUAUG